UGCAAAAAAUCGCAUCGGCGGCCUUUAGGUCGCCAAGGAGACAAGCAGGGCUCACGUUGUGACUCGUGCGACACCUCUGCUGAUCUGCAGCAGCGAAACCGAGCCAAAAAGCAAGCAACCAUGGCCUCCAAACUAGACCGCCUCGCAGCCAUGGCGCGGGACGGCGCCAAGAGCACGGUCGCCGAGGCGACGGGCGCGAACGGCCAGCCCAAGGUCAUCCUCGAGCACGGCUCCGGCGCGCUCGCCGAGAUCUACGCCCACGGCGCGACGGUGACGCGCUACCGCUCACCAGGUGGAAGGGAGGUGCUCUGGACGUCGAGCAUUGCAGUUUUUGAUGGCAAGAAGGCGAUUCGAGGCGGCAUCCCCGUGGUCUUCCCCUUCUUCGGGCCGAAUCCGGAUGAGCGAGUGGGGACCAUUGCCGAGUGCCCGCAGCAUGGUUUCGCGAGGACCAGUCGCUGGUCUAUUGCUGAUUUAUCCGUAACCAGCGAAGGCGGGUGCAAGGUCGUGUUCCAACUCCAGGAUUCCGAGGCGACGCGCGGCAUCUGGCCCUUCGCCUUUAAGCUGACGUACGAAGUCGUCUUGGACGAGGACUCGCUCGCGACGUCGCUGACCAUCACGAACUCCGGAGAACGGGAGAUGGCGCCGCAGUGCCUCCUCCACACCUAUCUCAACGUCGCCGACUCAAAGCAGGUCAUGAUCUUCGGGCUGGAAGAAUCGGAAUAUGCGGACAAGCUUACGGGUAAAACUGAACAGGAGGACAUGCCCGCGAUUCAGUUCCGGGGCGAGACGGACCGUAUUUACAGCGGCGCAUCACGAAAAGCGUGCCCGCUCGCCGUGCGGCCCGAGGGCGUGAGGGUGGACGCGCACGGCGCGCUGCUGGAAAAGGACGGGACCGUGACCGCGGAAAUCGCGGCGGACGUCGUGAUCUGGAACCCGCACGUCAACAAGGCCAAAGCCAUGGGCGACUUCGACGACGACGGCUGGACGGCGAUGGCCUGCGUCGAGCCCGGCAUCGUCGCUUCUGAUAGAACGGACAUCGCGCCGGGCGCGUCGCUCGUCCUCUCCCAGACCAUCGCGCCCGAGGACUAA